GUUCUUUACCUCACUCUCAGCGUGGAGCUCUCGAAUAUACAAAAGUACUUGAAAUGUCAAGCAUUUUGAGAAAAAUGACUCACAAAAACCCGGAAAAGAAAUUUAUUUACAAGGUGAUUUUUGUGUUGCUAGUGAUACUGAUACCGGGUGGAAGGUCGAAUGAUGGUGAGAAAGGAGCGUUGCAGACAAGUGAUGGUGAAAGUUUGGAAAGUAGACAAGAGGACCUGGAUGUAAACAAAAUUAUCAAUGGGGCCUUGGUUGCCAUCAACCUGGCCAUGGCACUUGCUGCAGUGGCAGCUUCCAUUCAGGGAAACAUGACUACAACUACCACUACACCAAGGACUCACAGAGAAGUCACAGGAGGACAUAGAAGAACGACGCCAAGGCAUCGUCCAAUAGUAGCUCAUUUGGACACAGAUGCCAGAUAUUUAUUUGUUGAGCCAGUGACGCAACUUGGAAAAUAUCCAUGGGUCACCCGGUUGACUUGUCACAAUAUGUUUGCUGGGUCAACCACUUGUUUUGGUGUAUUGGUAUCCAGGAAUGCUGUCUUGACCUCGGCUCAGACACUCAUUGGAGGUACAACAGAACAUCCAAGACAUGGAAGUCAAGAGGUAUCAAGACAUGUGGUGCCACAGGAAAUUGUUGUCCACAGCAAGUUUGAUGAACUCACCUUGGCCAAUGAUGUGGCUUUAGUGAAACUGGGGGAUCCUUUGAAUCAUGAACCAACUAUUGUUUUGGACAAUUACUCUGACCAAAACCUGAAACUUCUACCAUCUGACUCUGCUGAUGGAAAACUAGCCAUGCUGGCAUGGGGAACAGGAAACUAUGGGUCUAAUUACUUGAAGACAAGCCAAACAGGUCUGAUUGAUGCAGAUAAGUGUGUGGAAAAGCUGAAAGAGGAAAGCACUGGAGGACCAUUGAUUGAAGAAAAUGGCUCAGAAACUGCUCUGGUGUCCAUUCAUUCUUACACAGCAGUGGGAAACCAUUCAGAAAACAACAUCAGGUAUGAUGGAGGUCAUCGAGACAAUUGCUUGCUGGCGGGAUCUUGGCUUUUGCGUGGCACCGGGCAAACUCGGAAAACGGGAGAGUUGCCAGCUGGAGAUGCGAUAAAGGGGCCAUUUCGAGUUUCUGGAACAGCAGAAACGCCGACUACAACGGUUGCUUGGAAUGGUGAGAAACCCGAUGGGAGCGACUCCUAUGCUUGGCUGGCCGCAACAACUUGCUUCUUCAGGAAUAAUGCUGAGAAAUUCUGUUCUGGUGCUCUCUUGUCAAAAUCCAUUGUGCUGAACAGUGCUUUCUGCGUCAGCCAAGGACCAAGCUUUGAGGUGAUGCAAAAAAUCGUCAAGACCUACGGUUGCGAAGUUUGGCUUGGAGUGAAGAAUUUCAGUGAGCCAAGCAAAGACGUCAUUAUUCGGACAGUUGAGCCUGAUAAUAUCCUGAUUCAUCCUGAUUAUGACCCAAGAAAGCUGAUGAAUGAUUUUGCAUUAAUGCUGCUCUCUGCACCUGUGUCUCUGGAAGACAGCAACCUGACAACUAUUCAACUAUUCAACCCAGAACUGGAGGGAGAACCUUAUCAAUUUGAAAUAGUUGGUUAUGGAGUUCUGACAUUUGCUGAAGCAAACAGUGACUUUGAGGUGAUGCAAAAAAUCGUCAAGACCUACGGUUGCGAAGUUUGGCUUGGAGUGAAGAAUUUCAGUGAGCCAAGCAAAGACGUCAUUAUUCGGACAGUUGAGCCUGAUAAUAUCCUGAUUCAUCCUGAUUAUGACCCAAGAAAGCUGAUGAAUGAUUUUGCAUUAAUGCUGCUCUCUGCACCUGUGUCUCUGGAAGACAGCAACCUGACAACUAUUCAACUAUUCAACCCAGAACUGGAGGGAGAACCUUAUCAAUUUGAAAUAGUUGGUUAUGGAGUUCUGACAUUUGCUGAAGCAAACAGCGGUGUUCAGCCUUACUUGGUAACAAUGAUCACAUCAUCCGACUAUCAAGGGAAUUGCCUUUCGCAGUGGCGAUGUGUUAAUAAACAAACCAUAUUCAAUUCUAAAGAACACUCCUGUCUCUUGUCAGUUGGCACAGGAGAACCAGUUUCUUGCCCGGGGGACCUCAAGGGAGUAAUCUUGAGUGGAUCAGGGCCUGGUGCCACUUUGUUUGGCUUCAAUGCACCUGUGCUGGGAAUGACCCAAAUAUUGACAUGCCCUGUUUUUGCGAAUCCUGCUGGUUCCAGCAGUGGUGAUUCUACAGGCAAUGCGAAAGCAAGAGAUUUCAUUCCUUUCUUGAGAUAUCUAUUUGCUCCCAUGACAGAUUUUAUGAAUGAUAAUGGUUCAGGACCACUGACCCAAGCUCAGGAAAAACGCAGUGGUGAUGAUCAUGCAGCUCUGACAGUGUUGUCUUACCCGUUGAUUACUGUGAUGGAAUUGUCCCUGGUGAAAAGGAAAUUAGCCGCCUCAUUUUUACGUACCCUUCUCCGGCCACUGGAGAACUGGAAAUCUCUUCGUCGAUUUAAUGCUCCGCUUUCGGUGGGCAGCAAGAAUUUUCACCAUGCAUCAGUGAUAUCUCCUUAUGAAGUGACAAAGAUACUUCAAGCGCACGAAAAGGCCUUUCAUGUUGGCUCUGACGAUGUUUCAGUCAUACAAAGUUUCGAAAUGAACCAGUUGCCAUCCAAUGACCCAAUUGAAGACUAUCAUCUUCAUGCAAAAUGCUUGCUUACUCCGGGAAUGCUGUUCGGAAUCUUCGACGGGCACGGAGGUAAUGCGUGUGCAAGGUUCAUCGCCAAACGCCUUUACACGUACAUUGCAACCGCGUUGCUUCCGUAUGAAGUUCUUGAAUCUAAGGCAAGGAGCCUUGUCAUGAACUGCGACAGAGAGCUUUUGCAUUUUUACAAUGCAUGUGACCGACCAACGGAGGAUCUGACAAGGAACAAAUUUUUCCGUGCAAAUUAUUACUCUUUCAUCCAGGAAUUGCUCAAAAGUGAUCAUCAUGAAAAAGACCAUCAUGAAAAGGUCGAAGAUGCUUUGACGAAAGCUUUUAUGUGGGCCGACGAAGGCCUGAGCAAAGAGCUCAUAGAUCGUGGGAGGCUGGAAGGAGGUUUGAGGUCUUCGAUCCCCUUGAGUGUGGCAUUGUCGGGUUGUGUGGCGUGUGUUGCGCAUGUUGAAGGUCCGCACAUACACGUAGCAAACUCCGGGGAUUGUUCAGCGUAUUUAGCAGUGGAGUAUUCAAGUGGACAGGGAUUAAGAUGGAUUCCCCGGAAACUCACCCGGGAUCAUACGUGCGAUAAUGCUUCAGAAGUCGAACGAAUCUACAGCGAACAUCCGGAAAGUGAGACCGACAACGUUCUUAGGAAUGAUCGCUUGUUGGGAGAACUGAUGCCAUUAAGAGCAUUUGGAGAUUUCAGGUUCAAAUGGAGUCAUGAGACGCUAGUCGAAGUCCUGCAGCCUGGCUGUGGAGGCUUGGUGAUACCUCCUGCAUACAUAACCCCUCCAUACCUCACAUGCCGGCCAGAAAUAUUCUAUCAUAGGCUUUCACCAGAAGAUAGUUUUUUCGUCAUGGGAUCUGAUGGCCUUUGGGAACUAGUGAGUCCCAGCGACGUAGUGCGAUGGGUUGGCAGUCAUCGGUACAGUCCUGUGGUUUCACGGCAGCCGGAAUCCAUGGAAAUUUUGGAUUCCGAAGGAAACACGAUGUACUUAUCAAAGCCUGGUGAAGUCGUGGAUGCAAAUGGCUCCACCCAUCUCAUACGCAGUGCUCUAGGAAAAACGGACGGUGGCAUUGAUCAUUUGCGCUUGGCGGAGUCUCUCACAUUACCUCAGGAAACUGUGCGACUCUUUCGCGACGAUAUUACCGUCGUCAUCGUUUACUUUGACCCUGCGUAUUUGGAUUGCGCCGAUUGGUACUGA